AUGACGGCCCAGAAAGCCAUUACAUCGGCAACAUCAGGCCUGAGUCAAAUGGUGACCCUCAGCGAUCUCCGUACACAAGCCAAGUUCGAUUCCCAUACACUGCAUGGCAACCACUCAUCACCUCGUUCAUCCAUGCAUGGAAAGCUGGAGAAACCCGACGGCUUUGAGACCGGCACCAACACGCUCAACUGGGCUGUCAUCUUGCCAGCCGGUUCGUCCGGCAUGAAGAUCCGCGUCAUCAGCAACUACAUCGUCUGGCAAAUCGUGGGCGGGCCGGGACUGAACUUGGCUCGCGUGGUGGAAGUGAAGGGAUGA